AUGUCCAACGUACGUGCUACCCCUGCCGCCACCGCUGCCACCGCUGCCACCGCGCCGCCACCAGACCCGGUGGUGGUAUAUUUCUCAGAGUUCUGCGUCUCCACGGAGGAGGAGCGCAGGCUCGAGGAUAUUCACCGCCGGGUGCUGGUCUGGGCCGCGCCGGCCGACCUGGCUGGGUGGUUCGAGGAGAAGCUUCUUCUCCACAGGAUCACCCAGGUCAUGUUCGGUCUGGCCCCGUCCCAGAGGGGACCCAACCUGCGCUGGUUCCGAAAAACGUUCGCACCCAGAGUCUGCUCCGCGAACCAAGAACAAGAGGACAUCGUCAACGAUCCGGUAAGGUUCUUCGGGCUCAUGGACCUGUACGACCGCGCCCGCAAGUUCCUGCCCGAGGCGGAGCAGGAAAAGUCCCAGUUCAUGUUGGACCAGUACAUUGAGUGGGAUCUGAUCAAAUUGUUCACCACCAUCGAAUUCGAAAAGGGCAGGGGAGCCUCUCCGCCUGCAGACUUCGACUGCUACUGGGACUUUGGCUUCGUCACCUGCAGGGACGCAUCCGAACGCGCCAAGCUCGGAAACCUUUAUCUCCGUCUCUUCAAGGAGAUCAAGACGGUCCAGACGAAACUCAGAAACGGCAAGCUCACCGCGCCCCAACAUAAAACAUUCAUCAACUUCGCACAAGCAACAAAGGAGGGCGAAAUCAUUAAGUUCAUCGCCUCGGCAUCGCAAUCCCUAGCCGCAGACUUUGAGGCCACAUUCCCGGCCGCUACCCACCCUAUACAUGCCUUCCUCUCUGUCCCCCUCGGUGGAUUCCGCGCUACGGUGUGGCGUCUCAAGCAGGCUUUGGAGUGGCCUAUCCUGAAAAGACUGAUCACAUACGAGGUUGCCGUCUUAGUCGACGACUGGCUACCCGAGAGGAUCGAGGACCGCCGCAUCUGGGGUCCGAUGCUCGAGAUUUACGAGGCGCUCAUGCAUGAUCCGCUAGAGCUACAUCGACAGAGAGCUUCCGGCACGCUGGUCGAGUACGCAGAGAGUCUAGGUCGGGUCAGCAACGAAGUGCGCCAGGCGCUGCUGAGUCUUGCUCCCCUCGAGCAGCCCGCGAGGAUCAUCAAGAGGCGGUCAUAG